AUGCCUUCCAUCACUUCCACCAGCCCAUCUAGUCUACCUCAGGAAAUCCAACACUCACCACGCACAAUGCGGCCCCUCUCCCCGGUCCUCGCCUCCCUGGCGAACGUCUUCAGAAUCCCUCUCUCCCAAGCCCCCGCCCGACCAGCCAUCAGCCGGCUCAGCAACGACCUCUUAAUACGCAAACCCACCGCUCCUGUUCAGCCCGCAGCAUCAGCAGCAGCAGUCAUCGGGAGCCGGCCCUUCUCAACAACAAGCGCCCUACUGAAACGCAACAAAAAUGCUCCUCGCGGCGAUAAAAGAAUCACGCUAAUUCGCUACUUCCUCUGGCACCCGCUCACCCCCCGACCCCUCCGCUUCUCGCGAACCCGCUACCUCCGGCACUGGACCAUCCACCGCGCCUGGCAACUGUACCAAGCGCAGCAGCGCCGCGCGAGACAGCUCGAGCUGCAGCGCCAGUGGCAGGCGAUGAACGCCGCGUGCGAGGAGCUCCGUACGGGCGCUGGGGAUGGAGGCAAGCUGUUCCGGAUCUCGAUGAAUAAGCGCGGGGUAUAUAGGGAUAUGUUUCCAAUUGAGUAUGGGCGGAUGCAGACCGAGGGCCCGAGUAAGGAGGGGUGGAAUCAUGAGUGGAAGCGCAUGGAAAAGAAAUACUAG